AUGCAAGGACGCCAAGACAUACUAUUUAGAGGGCAUAGAGAUAGGAGACGACUUUUUUCCAAUGACAUCACGAAUGACGAGAAUGACCUUAAUAAUGAAGGGGAUUUUAGAGAUCUAAUACGGUUUAGAGUCGAGAGCGGCGACAAUUUAUUGAAAAAAAAACUUAGAGAACUCAAAAGCGCAUGCUACAAAUGUUACGCGAGACAUGCGGUUAAUCAUUUUCGGAGAGACUUGGAACACAUGGCUGACGUAAAAUCGUCCAGUGUUUCUGAGGUAUGA